AUGGAAGCUGUUCAAUCCAAGUUUGCUGGAAUGUCAAAUCAUCUAGGAAUAUUUAAAGAACCUCGUGGGUUAAUUCGUGUCUUUCAAGUUAUAUUCGCCAUACUUGCUAUUGCAACAGCAUGUAAUGGUCGUUCUUCAGUGGCACUUAACGUUGGCGGUGUAACAAAUGCAGUAACAACAACUUGGUCAUAUCCUUAUAAAUUAGCGAACACUGCAGUAAUAAGAACAUCUGACCGCGCUGUUUUAAGUUCAAUAUCUACCGGAAAUGAUCCAGAAUCAGCUGCUGAAUUCUUUGUAUUUACUGGCAGUACAUCAUUGAUAUUAUCACUUGCAUUUAUAUUUCUUUAUGUUUUUAUGCAUGAGCAAUAUAUUAAUAAAGAUCUUUAUCCUGUUAUUGAUUUUACUAUAACAAUGAUAUGGACUAUUUUUUGGAUUGCUGGAAGUUCAGCAUGGGCACAAGCUGUAACGAGUAUUCGUACACAGACUGCCUGGGAAAAUAUUCGACAACGUUCUGGUCUUUGUCAAACAACACCAUGUUCAUAUUCAGUUUCUGGUAAUUAUGCAAAUAUAAUUGUAUCAGUUAUUUUCGGUUAUUUAAAUUUCAUACUAUGGGCUGGUAGUACUUGGUUUAUUUUUAAAGAAACAAGAUUUUUCAAAGGUCGUACUUUACCACAACAACCACAACCUCAACCACAUACAUAUUCCGAUAUGGGUUCACCAACUAUGCCACAACCAUCAUAUAUUCGAUCACCAGGUCAAUAA